UAAAAUAAAGAAAUAAAAACUAAAAAGCUUAUUGCCACGUACGGCUUUGUUAAUAUAUCUAUCUUUAGCUAAACCACCAAACUAAAAGCCUAACCAGAGUCACUAUAAACAAGGAAAAAAACAUUCGAUACCUUAGUUCCCCCAUUAAACUAUUCAUCAAUAAUCGCAACGUGCACACCACAAAAUUACAUACUUAAAUUCCUCUUCUUACACAUCCUAACUCAUUCUUUACCACAACCCAAGCUCUCACCAAAUCAUCACUCAAGCAUUGCCGUCCCGAGCAAUUCAGCAACCUACCUACCACCAAUUUUUCUUAUGGCAGCGGUGGAAGCACAACCACCACCGCCACGGCUACCAGUGUCGUCGCCAUGGUCCCAAAACCCCAAACCAACUACACCAACGGUGAAUACACCUCCACAUAUCUCCCUCCAACCAUCCACCAAAAAAGGCCCAUCAAGACCUAAAAAACUCUUCCGGCGCUUUCGUGCUGUUUUCCGGUCGUUUCCAAUCAUAUCUCCUUCAUGCAAGAUCCCCGUUUCGCUCCACGGAAACCGUAUUGGAGACGGACACCUCCACGGAGGGACACGGAUGACUGGAACCCUAUUUGGGUGCCGUAAAGCUAGAGUUAACCUCGUUAUCCAGGAAAGCCCUAGAUGUCUUCCCAUGCUUGUCCUUGAGCUUGGGAUACCCACAGGAAAGCUUCUCCAAGAUAUGGGAACGGGGCUUGUUAGAAUAGCCCUGGAGUGCGAAAAGAAACCGGGUGAGAAGACGAAGAUCGUUGAUGAGCCGAUAUGGGUGUUGUAUUGCAAUGGGAAGAAAUCAGGGUACGGAGUUAGAAGAGAACCGACGGGGGAUGGCUUGAGUGUGAUGCAAGUGUUGCAUGCAGUGUCCAUGGGUGCUGGGGUGAUACCGAAUGAAACUGAGUUGCCAGAUGGUGACUUAAUGUACAUGCGAGCACAGUUCGAACGUGUUGUUGGGUCUAGGGAUUCGGAGACAUAUUAUAUGAUGAAUCCGGAUGGAAACAAUGGCCCUGAGCUCAGUGUGUUCUUCGUCAGGGUCUAAUUCAAGUGAAAUCUGAGGAAAAAAAAAUGUUAAUUAAUGUUGCUUGGGAAAGAUAAAAAAGGGUCCUCAAUUAGCAAUGUACCAAGAAAAGAAAAGGGUACAUACAACAUGCAAGGCACGAAGUGUCAAGGUGGCAAUGGCGUUGAAAGGGAUUUGGGGAAAGUAUGCCUCCUAAUUGGUUUUCAAUGGAGGCAAUGUUGGAAUUGUGACUGUCCUUCACAUCCUGCAAUUUGGCCCGUUCUUUAAAUUUAGUUGUGCAUUCUGGCUUUAAGUUGUAAUGUUCUUUUGUUUGUUCAAGAGAUAAAA